CUCGGUUAGUCGCCGGGUAUCAGUUCGGUUUGUGCCGUACAGGCCGACGAACGUGUCAUUAAGUACAUCAUAUUGUUAAGGUUAAUUAUAAAUGGAUACGAACAAUUAAUUGCAAAAUGUAUUUACAACACGCGUUCAUAUUUUUGUGCGCGAUUUAUUUAUGUAAAGCUGGUUACGGCUACGGAAGCUAUGGAUCUACUUUGCAAUCAGACGUAGAAGCGCCAGCAUACGUUCCCUCAUACGCGAGAAACCAUCCGAGUGGAUAUUCGUCGCAUGUUUACACGAAAACCGGAUACACUGGCACCAAGACCGGUUAUCGUGGCACUAAAACUGGUUACACUGGCACCAAAACCGGAAAUUACGCUUGGUCCCCCCCAGGAUAUGGUUCUUCAAGUACUGGGUUGUCGCCCUUCGGUGGAUACACGGAGAGAAAACCUUGGGUUUCUGCGCCAAACUACGAUCACUUUAAUGUCUACCCGAAAGCUGUUUUUCAACCAAAAUGCGACAUCGAGUGCAAGAACAACGGCAUCUGUGUGGACACGAACGUGUGCAACUGCCCAGCCAACUUCCACGGAAAAUAUUGCGAGUUUGAGAAGAAACCUUGCCUUGCAUACCCACCUCUGCCUAUGAACUCGCAUAGAAAAUGCUCUUCUGAGCUCUGUACGGUCACUUGUAUGACUGGACAUAAGUUUAUCGAUGGCACCACCGUCGCUAACAUGCGCUGCGUCAACGGCGAGUGGCAGCCGACGCGGGCCGAUUUCUCAUCCAUACCUGACUGCAUCCCCGAGUGCGAUCCUCCCUGUCUCAAUGGAGGGGUGUGCUUGUCACUUAAUACUUGCCAGUGCUCCGCGGCGUACAGAGGGCCUCAGUGUCAAUACUCGGCAACCGCCUGCGAUAUCCGCAAACUGGCGUUCAACGGCGGCUACAACUGCUCCGGCGACGGCGAGCGAUUCUCCUGCUCGUUGAGCUGCCCGCCGCAAGCUGGCUUCAGUUCCCCGCCCGCGGCCAUAUACACCUGCCUUUACUCCACCGGCGUCUUCUUGCCGCAACCCAUACCACACUGCACCUUCAACGAGGUGAUUGUAAUCACGCCCAGCAACCGUCCCAGCGGUCGUAACAGAGGAGAUAUACCCGAUAACAACACGGAGAUUGAGGGUGAGUCUUUUAUCCACGAGUCUACCACCUUCGGCUCCGGGAAGCAUCCUGCAGGGAAUCAGAUAAUCGUCGUACAGGACUUAAUCCCCAAAGGUGGCAGCUGUCUGUCUUGGGCCGGAAUGCACUAUAAGACGUUCGACGGAAAGAUAUAUAGUUUCCAGUCGCCUUGCCAGCACAUUCUAGUCCGAGAUGCAGAAGAAGAUAAAUACACUGUUGCGGUGAGACAUCCAGAGUGCAAGAACUUGGCCUAUUGCCCUUCAGAACUGGUUGUUUAUAUCAACGAUAAAUUGUAUUCCCUUAGUGUUGGAGAGGAAGGAGCUGUGCUGUUCCGUUCGACAAAACGUCUGAUCCCAAUGCCGGCGUCACUGCCCGGCAUCCGCGUCUCCAUGCCUAGUGACCAAGUGUUUGUUAACCUAGAUGCUUUAGGUGUUACCAUUAAAUGGGAUACAAAUAAUUUAAUUGUGAUCGAAGGGUCAGUACUUUUAUGGAAUAAGACAAAGGGUCUUUGUGGGACGUUGGAUGGAAAUCCAGAGAAUGACUUUUUGACCAAAGACGGUACGAUAGCAAGGACUAAAUCUAUGAUGGUGACUUCUUGGCAACUCAAUAAAAUCGGAGAUAUUUGUGAAAGCAGUCCUUCAGAAAGUACCGCGUGUGCUUCUAAAACUGACGCUGAUAUGCGAAGAGCUAUUCAGUUCUGCAAUAAAGUCUUUAGUAAAGAUAAAUUUAGGAAAUGCUCUAAGGUAAUGGACGUAUCUUUGCUCCUGGAAGCCUGUCAAUGGGAUUACUGCGCAUGCACAACAAGUUUAAGUCCGGAAGAAUGUGCUUGCAAAACAGUAUCUGUGUACGCGAAAGAAUGUCUUCGUCACGGAAUCGAGGAGAUGGUUGCUUGGAGAGACUCUGAUACUUGUCCUAUGCAGUGUCCUGAUGGCAAAGUUUACAAAGCUUGUGGUCUCGAUGUGCAGCCCAGUUGUGCUUUCCCUCUAGCAACUGCAACAUCAGUCAAUAAUUCAUGCGUCGAAGGUUGUUUCUGUCCCGAAGGACUCUUAUUGGAAGGUGGUCGGUGUAUUCCUAAGUCCGAAUGUCCUUGCAGGAUUAGAAAUCAAAGCUUCAAACCUGGAUCAGUUGUACCAAAGAGUUGUAAUACUUGUACUUGUCAAGCGGGAGAAUGGACUUGUACUCAAGUGCCGUGCGGCGCGCGCUGCAGCGCAGUCGGUGACCCUCAUUACACCACCUUCGAUGGACUACGCUACGACUUUAUGGGGACAUGCACUUACACCCUGCUACAGACUGACAACGUUACUGUCGAAGUGGAAAAUGUUGCUUGCUCGGGAUCAAUAACUGAGGCUAUGAACCUGGCGCCGUACAAAGGCGAAGGGAAGCCAUCUUGCACGAAAGCAGUUAGCAUAGUUUACAAGGGAGCCAACAUACAUAUGAAACAAGGCGGGUUCAUCCUCGUCAACGGCAAGGAGGUCUCCUCGCUGCCGGUCAAUGUCGGCGACAUCAGGAUUAGGGCAGCGUCGUCAUUGUUUGUAAUAGUUCAACUACCAAUUAAAGUAGACCUAUGGUGGGAUGGAAAUACUAGAGUAUUUGUUGAUGUACCACCGGAAUUCCAUCAACAGACUAAGGGUCUUUGCGGAACAUUCAAUUUGAAUCAAAAAGACGAUUUCCUGACACCUGAAGGAGACGUGGAACAAUCAGCUUUCGCAUUUGCCAACAAAUGGAAGACCAGGGAGUUCUGUAACGACAUCGCCACUAAAGAACCUGAGAACCCUUGCCACGCUAAUGUUGAAAAUAAGGAAGCCGCUGAGAAAUACUGCAGCAUAUUGAAGAGUGCCUUAUUUGAAUCUUGCCACUGGUACGUGGAUGUGCAGCCGUACUACGAGAACUGCCUAUACGACAUGUGCGCGUGCAGUGGCGACGUGUCCCGCUGCCUGUGCCCCAUGCUCGGAGAC